AUGAGACAAUUCUUCCUUUCCUGUGAAAAUUACGUACUCAGCCGUAAUUAUCCCAUUCAGAAUCUUCUUGCUGUGUUUUGUAAUUGUUUUUUUGUUUUUUGUUUGUUUAUUUAUUUCUUGGCCGAACAGAAUUUAAAUGUGAAGUAGAAGAAAUGUUUUAUAGUCCAAGAUCAAGUGUUUUAAAAAGCUUGUGGCCAAAAUUUGACUCAUGAAGUGACACACAUUGAAAGACUGAUCUGUGCGUCAGUCCUCUGAUACCUUGAGGUACUUCAAGAUUUUCAAUGGGGUGUUGGCUUUUACGGCUAAUGGUUAAACUUUUGGUCAAUUUACGGCUCACGGUCAAUAUAUUUGCACCGUGAUCACCUGAAAUUUUCUUUAAAUCUAAAUUUAUUUUUCCGUCUAACAAUCAAAUUUUCUCAAUUUUUUUACGCCUGAGGGCAAAUCUUAUCGGGCGUCAGCGGUUUACCCCAUUGAGAUCCCCUACUUCUCACGUGCGUCGCAGGUACCAUGUUUGGCCAAAAGUGUUUAUUCUGAAGUAAAUAUGAAAAAUAUUACCUCAACAUCAUUGGGAAAUUGCAUGCAUGUUUAGACGCCAACGUUCGUCUCGUCAAGGGAAGGGUGGGAAUUAAGCCAUAGAACGCAAUAACCGACGUAAGGGGACACCUGGGAGAGCAAAUUUGUAACAAACGAAACUGCUGUAAAGCUGACGAGAAGAUUUUUCAUUCAUGCAUGAGCUCUUUGCAUUUCUUCAGUAACACCUGCUAUAGAGCAGGACCCAAAAGCCAAUCCGGUCAAAGAGGGAGAAAACUUGACCCUAUUUUGCAACGCUUCUGGAAGCUCUUUGAAGAUAUCAUGGGAAAAAAAUGGAUCUGGUAUAAAUCCCAGUGAGGAUUUGAGAAUCCUUUUGUCAAGGGACAACGUACAGCUGACAAUAGUUAAUGUGAGUAGGAAAGACAACGGAGCCUACCAGUGUGUGGCGAGCAACGAGGUUGGAGUUGCUACCGCCAAUGCUGCCCUAGUGAAUGUUCAAUGUGAGUACAAGUAUGGUUUAACGAGUUAUUGCGAUAUGUCAAUAUAUUGAAAAGAUAUGUUUGGCCUGAGAAGCAGCAAACAUAUUUAAUAUGUAUUUAAUAUGUAUAUAAGUGUAUAUGUAAAUAUUUAACCUUCAAGGGUGAUUGACCUGUUUGGGCAAAUCUUUCAUUACUUUGACUUUAAUGUGCCACAGCAGAGUUCUUUCAAAUCGAACAAGCAGCUGAUUGUCAUGAGGAUUUUUUACUCUCAUUUUGCAUGAUGCUUAGUUUUCCAGAGGUUGUAGUGCUUUAUAGGCAUUUCAGGGUUCUGGAUUCGAAUCUUUUUAACGCCCAAUUUUUACGCCCGAUAUUUUUGCAACUGCCAACUUAGACUGAAUAAAUGGCAACGGUUGUUACUUUAUCGGAACGAAAUAAUCCUUAAAGCAAAAUUGUAAACUAUAUGUCGUUUUGUUAGUUUAGAAAAAAAAAUCACUAUUGUUGAUGAUUGCAGACCUGUUUAUAUAGGCGUUGAUGUUUUGAGUGUUGAAGGAAAAAGGUUGAUUUUGUGUUGUUCACUUAGCUUUAACUUAGAUCACAGCUGCAUAGUUAUGGAAGUACACUAUCCUUGACUUGAAGUGACAAGUGGUGCAAUAUUUUGUGAAUACGUUUAAAUUACAGUGACUUGCAAUUCUUAUGGGUUUAUUUAUUCAUUUUGUUAUGCUUUUUUUUAUAUAUCAGUUGGGCCUGAAAUCUCCGAACCUCCAAUUGAUAACACGAAAAUGGAAGGACAAACUGUUGUAUUCAGUUGCUUGGUGGCUGGAUACCCUACACCUGCGGUUGCUUGGACAAAGAAUGGCGUCAAAUUAAAUGUAACAGCAAAUUUACGACUAAGUGUCUCUUCCAAGGACGGAAAUCACACUUUGAAUAUAACAGAUGUUCAAAAGUCAGAUGCAGGACAAUAUAGAUGUGUCGCUAAAAACAGUUUGCAGACCUCAGAGUCAUCUCCUUCGACUCUUACAGUGCAAUGUGAGUCUAACAGUAGUUUAUCUUUGAAGUAUUGGAGUACUGAAUGUUUAAUUGUGUCUUUUGCGUUGUUGUCCUCAAAUAACAUAUUAGCAGGUUUUUUUAAAGCCAGUCAACCUCUGGUGGUACAUUGCUAAGGAUUUUAAAACGGACCAAAAUGAGUUGACAUCUGGGUGAUAAUUGAUCGUGCGAGUCUUCCCCAGUCGCCUUCAGCUCACAUAUCCUCUUUUCCACCUUCUCAGUUCAUCUGUUUAUAAAGGACGUAGGCAAGAUACUGUUAUUUCGCAUCUAACUCUAACUGUAAAAUUGAGUAUUAAGGAAAAGUGGUUUUACAACAUUUUAUUAAAUUUCAGUUGCACCAGAGGUGACAAUUGAAGGAGAUCAAAUACAUUAUGUAGCCAACAGCACAAAUUUACUGCUUACGUGCUGGUUUAACGCCUUGCCUCCCGCCUCUGAAGUGCAGUGGCUAAAUAAUGGGAACAUGAUUGCAUCAACCCUCACUGUUCCCUCAAAUGGGCCAGGAGCGACUAUUCCACAUCAUAAUGAAAGCCAAGCUCAGUUGUUAAUUACCACAAUUUCCCCACAAGAUGCUGGAAAUUAUACUUGUAAUGUCACAAAUGUUGGUGGUAGUUCCUUGAAUUGGACAUCGAUUAUUGUUCAAGGUAUGUUCUGUUACGAAUGAACACAAAAAUACAAUUUCCCAAAGCAAUCACUCGGCGUUAAUUAUCUCAUUUAGGAUCAAAAAUCACCUAUCCACUGAAGAGAUUUGCAUUAUUUGUUUUUUCGUUGGUUGGUUUGUUUGUUUUUGCUGGAUUUUGUUUUUGCUUUGGUAUUUGUUUUCGGUUUUCUUGGUCGUUAAGGACCGAGACGAAGAGCUCGAUCUUUAAGGUCAAGGAGCCUUUGAGUUGUGUAAAAAUCAUAUUUUUUGCAAUCCCUCUGACCUCAAUCUGACUCAGAAAAUAACAUGUAUCGAGUCUUCCUGGCAAAUCCUCUGUAAAAUGUCGUACUAAUGUUAAAAUAGUGGCGUCGUCAUUAUUGGUUUAGUCUCUGGCGAAAAGAUAUAGUGCUUUACAUUCCUACAUUUUGGACUCCAACUGGUGCCUAGUUAUGUGGGUUGGAACCGGCUCGAGAAAAUUUAUAUAACCUGUUUGGAUACGGAAAAAAACGAAUAAUAGAUAAACUUCAUAAGUUUAAAAUACUUGUUUGCAUUUCUACAGUGACGCCUGCCAUUGAGACGCACCCACAAGCUGAUCUGGUCAAAGAAGGAGAGAACUUGACUCUCUUUUGCAACGCUACAGGAAGCUCUUUGACAAUAUCAUGGACGAAAAAUGGAUCUGCUAUAAAUCCAGAUAAGGAUGUAUGGAUGCGUUUGUCAACAGACAACGAGCAGCUGGCAAUAACGAACGUGAGCAGAAAAGACAACGGAGCAUACCGGUGUGUGGCGAGCAACAAUGUUGGGGAUGCUACCUCCAAUGCCGCCAUAGUGACUGUUCGAUGUGAGUUUAACUAUGCUUUACGAUACAACUUAGAUAUAAAUUGUUGUGUAUUUAACAUUCAUCUUUGGUAAAAAAAUUUUAAGGAACGUCGGUUUCAUUUGUUUUCUUAUUUGAUACAGUGCUCUAACCAACAGGUCGCACUACAUCUUUUAAAUUAUGUCUGAUUUUGUAAAGACUCAUAAUUUAAUUUUUAUUAUUUAUAUUUACAGUUGCUCCUGAAAUCUCUCAAUCUCCACGUGAUACCACGGAAGUGGAAGGACAAACUGCUGUGUUCAAUUGCAUAGUAGCAGGAUACCCUACACCUGAUGCUGCUUGGACAAAGAAUGAAGCGGAAUUGAAUGUGGCUGCAGAUGCGCGACUUAAUAUAUCUUUCAAUGAUGGAAACCACCAAUUGACUAUAUCAAAUGUCCAGCAAUUAGAUGCAGGUCAAUACAGAUGUGUGGCUAAUAACAGUUUGGAUACUGCGACUUCAUCUCCAGCGACCUUAACAGUGCAUUGUAAGUAAGAGAUAUUUCAGUGAAGCUUGCGAGUGUUGAAUCUUCCUUUAUUUGUUUUGUUUUGUUUAAUUGAGCCGUACCCUCUUCCGCAAGGUGAAACGGAAGUGUCUAAGAAAACUGACACUAAUCGCGUUCUAUGGCGUCAUUAUAAUCUAUGCAAAAUGGUGUAACUUGUUAUUAUUUUUUACGUGCUAGCGAGAAAGGUAAUCGAAGUAAACAACAAUUCAAAUGAAUUCAUUUUCCAUAGUUUCGGGCAAAUUUGCAAUUCAGUGUCCGCCUUCAAUUAUAUACUUAGCUUUAAGGAUAUAGAAAAAUAUUCGGGGAUAUUGGGUGUAGAGUAAGAACAGGACGUUGUUUGAUUGGCAUCGUGCUUACGAAACCAGAUUUUAAUGUUUAAGCGGUUUUUCAGUGCCACGGUCGUCUAAGAAAGUUGGAUCAUUGCCGCAGAAUCUCAAGGUUUUACGGAUUUCUUUAAAAGAUAGCUACGCUGCACGUGUGAAGAAAGAGCGACUCUUUUCUCAGUAGAAAAAAAUCGCUGGAAGAAACAACUAGUUUUAAUUUAUUAGCUUCGCAGCACCGUUCGCAAAGAGACCGAAAGUUGAAGGCGGACAAUCCUCUUGGCGCAAGACCAUUGAGAUAGAGCACCUGGUCUUCCAUGAGAGCUUUAACGGGCGGCACAAUAAAUGUAGUGAACGGUUUCUUAUAGAGAAGAGAGGCGAUCGAUAUCUGGCGCGGCUUGAUAUAUUGAAGAUUUUCCAUAGCCAAUUAGAAACGAAACGGAGACGUCGUAAUCUUCAAAAAACACAUCUAUGGUUGUCUGCUGUUCUUCUUGAAAUGUCUCUAUCUCAAAAGUCGCGGAAACUGGUCUUCAAACCUCGUCGUAGGUCUCCCUUAUUCGUAAAGUCGACCGUGAAAGCACUCUAAUCACCAGUUAUGAUAAUUUUGAAAGAAAACCACCAACUCUAGCCAUUCAGAAUUCAAGAAAGAAUCGACAAAAAGGGUUUACUAAUUAAAAGCCAUUAUAUGUUUUCUUGCACAAGAAUGACAUCAUAGAACAAGUUUAGUGUCAGGUUUUCGUAGACGUUCCCACGCUUCCAUUUCACAAUCUCGGGGGGAGGGGGGGUGUGAAGGGUAUGGUUACACGCAGGCUACCAUAAGUACUUUAGAUCAUUCUUUUACAGACCUUACUAAUUUCUGUGGUAUGCGAAUAUGCUCUGGAUUUGACUUUCACUACUUAGCGACUUAAUUCAAACUGUUAAAUAGUACCUCGAUGGAUGAAUGUUUAUGUCUGCCAUUGGCACACCAUUUCGUCACCACCACCCCCCUCUCUGACGAUUUAUCCCCACUCCGUCACCUGAACCCACCAAACCCCCCACAUAAAAAAUCCCACCCAUCCCCAUCAGACCCCCUCACCAACUCAUCACCACCACAUUAAAUUAUCCCAAACUUGAGGUGGCUCCAAAGAUCCCCAAACCUCCAUCACUUAUUUUUUGUCAAAGCAUUGCAAAAAGAGCGAUUGGAGGAAUUAUGAACUAUGGGUGGGUUUACAUGCUGGAAAUGGAGCUUCGCUAUUAGUGGGAAUAUGGUGAAGAGAAAACAAGAAUGACUUAGUUGAAUGAAAAGCGCUCGUUGAUACCGCACGGAUUAAGAGUGCCGAUUUGAAAGAUGAUUUUUAUUCUAGAGUUUUGCGGCUUAUUGAACUGCCUGUAGUUGGGGAAAGGCCGCAAACUGCCACACCUUCUUCACAGUUCUCAGACUUUGUCGUUUAUGUAGUGACGACUCUGAUUUCUCCGAAUAAUCAGAAACAAUGUGCCAAUUUUUGAUCGAUAAACGUGGUUAUUCUGUUUCUGUCAUUCAAACAGGCCACCACUGCGCCUAACAAAUUGAUCGACAGUCAGCACUACAAACGGCUGCGAAGGAAAAUACUGAUCGCAUCCCAUUCACUCUCACAUUUCACCCUCACAACCAAGCAGUUAAAUCUAUCAUUCUUUAAAAACUUUAAAUUACUAAUUCGCUAAAUUACUCAUUCGCUAAUUUCAUUCAAACGUGACAAAAACGGCAUAGGCAACUUUUUGGUCAGAGGUUCAUUUCAAACCAAUGACCAACCUGGUGCAAAACUUGUCCGCGCCGUAGAAUGAAAUGACGAGGACGUAUCCGAAGCAAUCGCUAGACACUUAAAUCUCCCUUAUCAUUCUAAACAGCAUAUGGCGGUUUGCGGCCUUUCUCCGCAUCUAGACAGUUCGGGAAGCCGCAAAACACUAGAAUAAAUUUUUAUCUGUAAAAUCGGCACUUUUAAUCCCCACGGUAUCAAAGAGCACCUUUCAUUGAACUAAGUUAUUCUUAAACGACUGUGAAUAUAUGAAAGUCAUAUAUUUGAACUGCGGAUAAAGGCGUGAAUAUGAAAGCGAUCUUCGCAGUAACGAACACUACUUGAGCAGUGGUGAAAAUAAGGCCUGAAUAGCGUAGCUCCAUUUUCAGCAUAUAAACCCACAUACAACUCACAAUUCCUCCAAUCGCCAUACCGAUGUGUCGCUGAAAACAGCUUUAGAAAUAAUACCUCAUAUGCAGCCACACUGGAGGUGCAAUGUAAGCAAAUUGUAUUUUCUAAAAUAUUGAGGAGCUGUAGCUCUCUAACUUCCCGUUGUGCUUUGUGCUUUUCCACAAAAACUAGUGAUUAUUCAGUGCUCUAAACAAAUUGAGAUUGCAUUUUCAUAACCACUGGCAAGUUCCAAGAAAAGAACAUUCUAUUUCAAUUUGUUUAUCGAUGUUUGGAAUCUUUUCCUUCUUGUGCUUGGUUUACCUUUUUGCACGUCAAAUGGUAAAGGCUCGCUCACACAGUUGACUUGCAAGGAGUAUUUGGAGUAUAUUUUGAAUCACGACGGAAAAAUUAAUUAAAUCACUCAUUUUUUUAAGGAUUGAAAUAUCGCUUGAAAGAGUACACAAUAGACAGAGGUAAAAGGAAUCGAUUGACGCGAUUUCUAUCGACGAAUGUCUGUUCAUGUACUUUGUUCAUUUUUUAGAAUUUGUAAAGUUUUUCGUUAACCCAGUUAGGCUGCAGGCUUUGAGAUUCCUCAAGAAAUUUAUUGAUACUAGUUUUUGUGUUUACUGUAUAUAUUGCUAAUGUGCAAGUUGUCCACGAGCUUGUAGUUUUCAGAAUUUACUGACCUUACGAAACAUUGGCUUUUGAUAGCUGCCCGAAAUUUACUCGUGAUAUUUCCAUUAAUAUCCCCUCUUGAGAUAUUGAUCAUAUCCGAUUGUAAAACCUCUGACCGCAGACCGCAAAGCUGCUGUUGUCAUAAAGAUAAUUCUGUUUGUUUUCAAAAAGAAUAGCGACUCUUAGAUAUGGAAUGUUUUGUUUAUUUUGCCUAUAGAUAAUAAGAAAGUUAGUCACUGGGAACAUAUUACGAUAACUGCGAACCAAUGUUUACUCUCUCUUUGUUACAGUUUCGACUAAAACAUUUCACCAUGCUAACUCAAGACGAACGUUUCCAUUUGGUAACGUGAUAUAGCAAUAAACUUCCACUUGGAGUCUGCGACCUCAGUACAUAAAACUCCCUGACUGUCUGUAAUCAGACGCAUUCACCUAUCUUGUGUACUUCGCCGUACAAAUUUCAAAAUCAAGACAGUCCUAAGUGACCUAGUAUCGUCUCAUUUUAUAUCCUGAGUUACUGAAUAUUAAUGAUCGGCCUUGAACUUAAAAAAAUUUUGUUGAUUUGAUUGACUCGUCAUGUCUGUCAAUUUGCCUAUAAUCGGUUGCUUGGCAAAUUUGCAUACCAUUGCAUUUAAAUUUUCCCAAAACGAUAAAUUGACUAUGCUCUUUAAACGGAAGGAACACGCGACAGUUUGAUGCUGAAAUGGUUGUUAGAAUAGCUUUCCUUCUUUUAAUUGCUGUACCUCUUACACAUCAAGGUUAGUUGCCUCAGCUAUGCGAGUACAUUCUAGUUUGUCAGUUCAGGCUGUGACACGUCCGUGUCGUAGUGAUAUGCAAACAUACAAGAUCUCUAGAUUUUAGGCCUUACCAGCCAAUCCAGGGCACUUUUUUAAUCUCUUAUAUAUGUAAGUUUAUAAUGCCAGCUCAUUUUCGACCGAUAUCAGUUUCAAUUAACAAGUUUUCCUUGAUUUAUGACAAAACUUCCGGGUGCUCUGUGAGCUUACACUUGUCCCGCGAUUAAGUGAAUUUGUUUUAUGUAAAGACGUGUGUUAAGUUUCCUUUGCGCCUCUGGUUUAUUCGAUUUGCUCUUCAUAAAUCGAAAGACGAUAAUUUGCACUCAAGCAGUGAGCUAAGCGAGAUCGAUUAGUUAAUACGUUUAAAAGGGGCUCGUCUCAGCUUCAGGUUUUCACAUACAUUCGAAUCAUAACAAACAAUUAAUUCGACUUAUGAUGGUUAGGUAUAUUCAAUCUAAAUUCUUAAGCAAAAAGUGGAGUAAAAAUUGAGAAUUGUUAACAAGUUGAAUCAGGCAUAUUUUAUUGUUUGGUGUAACUAGAGCUCAGCUGUUCACGAUUGAAUGACCCCAAGGAAUUUUGAAUUUCAGCUCUUACGGAUGAUGAAGUUUGUCAAUUUUUUUUACCUCAAGGCUGACUUUUUCUAUUGAAAACUAUUAUAGGGCAGUUAUUAAGGGUACGAGAACUUUCCUUAAUGAAUUGGUAAAUCUAAAGUUUCUUUUGGAAAGCUUUGGGAAAAAAACUAUUGUGCGUGUCGUUUAAAGCGUAACGCACUUUCAAGGCCUUUCGAAAGUCGUGCGUGGUUCAUUCGCCUAUUUUCCUCAUUGAAACAUUCGGUUUUUAAUCUUUACCCAACCUUGCUAUGUUAAGAUUUAGUUUUGAUCAACAAUCGAAAGCCGUAAUUGUAAUGGUCACGACUAGUAAUUAAGAUCUACGGCAAAUUGACUUAGACAUGACUGUGACGUAUGCGAUAAGUACAGCAGUUUCGUUUUUGUCUUUUUUUUUUGUCAUUCUUUUAUGCUGUGUAAUUUAUUCAUUUAAAUGCUUUCUGCAAUAUCCGAUGAAUUUCACUGAGCAACAUUCGGUAAACUUUCCAGAUCCUUUCACUGCUAGAGUUGAUCAACCUGUACUCUCUCUCCUUACAAAUCAACACAUCUUCAAAUGACUAGAUGAUAAAACUUAAGGAAAUAAUGAACUGGAGCUAAGAUUAUGACAUAAGUAGGUAGAAAGCACCCAGUAAAGAGAAUGUUUAUUUGGAUAUUGAACGUGAAAUGAUUUAGACGCCUAGACAACUGCAAAUGCAAAGGCAAUCGAGCGUGAAGGAGAUGCAAAAUAUGCCACUUUGAUUUGUGUAAACUUCCCGUGGGUCUACUUAAGGCACUGUCACGCCCUUUAAACUCAUUAUUUUUUUAAGAGGGCGGAAAAGGAAACAAGAAGAUAUCAAAAUAGAGAGGCUAACCACGACUAUUACGCUAAAACGGCAAAACCUGAACUUCUUGCAAGCUGCUUGCUUUCACUGUUUGUAUAUUUGAGUUAAUUUAUCUAAAUUACACGUAGACGGACAUUUUUCUUAAUUUUGCUAUUAUUUUGAUAAAGAAAUGAAAAGCACAGUGGGAAAACUUGAACCCACUGCCCGUUCCCUAAAUGUGCGUUUUCAAUUUUUAGGCACGAACGUAUAUCAACGUAUAUCGAGUGUUUGAUGAUCAAAUCAGCUGUGUUGCACUUUUAAACCUCUGAAUAAUGCCUUGAUUUUAUGGAGAGAGGUUACAUGCUUGUCACUUCUAGGAGUUAAAGGGUUAAAUAACAAAGCGAGUCAUUCAUUUUAAUUCGAAUAUGAAAGAUUUUUACUACACUAUCAUUUAUGGGAGGAAAACAGGGAACUCGUUUAUUAUGAGCUGGCGAGUCGGUGGCCGAGUCACGAGAUUUAAUUUAAUUUUUCGGAUUAAAACUCAAAGACUUCAGAGGCCUCUGUUGUUUCUUUCCCAGCCUUUUGAUUCCUGCUCACCCUGUGAAUUGAAUAAUGAAGUGACAUUUUGAAUCUUUGAUUUCAUACCACCGUAGUCUCCAUCGCAGGCGUUUGUUCACUCAAAAGAACAACAGCUUUGAAAAACAUCACUUUGACCUAAGAGUUUGAUUUGAAUUUCAGAUGAGCCCGAAGUUGCAAUUGAUGGUAACCAAGAGCAGUUUAUAGCUAAAGGCGAGAGCUUCACGUUGAUCUGUCGGUAUAACGCUUCACCGCCUGUGUCUGAGGUGCAGUGGAUAAAAGAUGGAAAUGUGAUUACCAUAAAUGCCACUGUGACUAACAAUGGAUCAAGAGUUACUAACAUCUUUUAUAAUGAAAGUCUAUCACAGCUUUCAAUCACCUCAGCUUCCUUACAGGAUUCUGGAAAUUACACCUGCAAUGUUACAAAUAAUGUAACUGAUACAACAGAUUCGACGUCGAUUGUUAUUCAAGGUAUGUAUACGAUGUUCAUUACUUCCUGUACAACAUAUCUGCGGCAUUAUUUCUCUCAGUGUUCCUGGUUAAAUUUUUUUGUUCGUUUAAAAUCUUAUCCUUUGGAAGGAAAAGCCAACCCAGCAGUUCUAUGUAAACACAAUUACACGAAUUUAUUUUUGCCACAAAAAAAUUCUCUCGUCAAAAUGAGCAUCAAAUUUGUUUGAUCAGUCAAACAAAAUUUGCCUUGAUUUACGCGUUCAAAAAAUAAUUUAAUUCCUUAUCUCAAUUUCUAGACAACAACCAUUCCUUCCUCAUAUACUAAUAAAAAAUAAAAAAACAAAUUGACACACUGAAAAACCAUUCUGUGUGUGUUCCUCUGAGACCUUACGGUCCUUCCAGAGUCUCAAUAGGGUGUUGGCUUUUACGGCUAAUGGUUAAAAUUUUGGUCAAUUUACGGCUAAACUUUAUUUUCUAUCCACAGUGAUCACCAGAAAUUUUUCAAAGCCUAAUCUUUUUCCGACUAACAAUUAAAAUUUUAUAAUUUUUACGUCUAAGGGCUAAUGCUAUCGGCCGUUAACAAUUGAUCCAUUGAGACCCUCUACUUCUCACAUGUGUUGCAAGUAACAUGUUUGGCCGAAACAUUUUAUUCUCAUGUAAAUAAGAAAAAAAAGCUCACUCAACAUCAUUGGGCGAAAAAAAAAACAAUUGUGCAUGUUUAGACGCCAACUUUCGUUCAUUCAGAGGAGGGAUGGGAAUUAAGUCAUAAAACGCAGUAACCGGCCUAAGUGGAGACCUGCAAGAGAAAAUUUGUAACAUAGUAAUCUGCUUUAGAGCUGACAAGAAGAUUUUACGUUUACGUAUGACCUCUUUGGAUUUUGCAGUGACACCAUCUAUAGAGCAGGACCCAAAAGCCAGUCCGGUCAAAGAGAGAGAAAACUUGACUCUAUUUUGCAACGCUUCUGGGAGCUCUUUGAGAAUAUCAUGGGAAAAAAAUGGAUCUGGUAUAAAUCCCAGUGAAGAUUCGAGAAUCCUUUUGUCAAGAGACAACGUACAGCUGACAAUAGUUAAUGUGAGCAGGAAAGACAACGGAGCCUACCAGUGUGUGGCAAGCAACGAGGUUGAAAGUGCCACCUCCAAGGCUGCCAUAGUAAAUGUUCAAUGUGAGUACAAGUGUGGUUUACGAGCUGUUGCGAAAUGUCAAUUUACUGAAAAGAUAUGUUUGGCCUGAGAAGCGUGUAUAUAUUUAACCUUCAAGGGUAGUUAACCUGUUUUGAAAAUCUUUCUUAACUAUCACUCUAUUGUCGCACAGCAGAGUUCUUCCAAAUCGAACAAGCAGCUGAUUUUCAUGAGGAUUAUUUACUCUCAUUUUGCAUGAUGCCUAGUUUCCCAGAAGUUGUGGUGCUGUACAUGCAUUUCAGGGUUAUGGAUUCGAGUCUUCUUUACGCCCAAUUUUUUUGUAACCGCCGGCUUAAGCUUAGUAAAUGGCAAAGGGUGUUACUUUAUCGGAAGGAAAUAAUCCUUGAAAAGCAGAAUUGUAACCUAUUUGUUGUUUUGUUUGUUGAGAAAAAUUCAAUCACUGUUGUUGAUGAUUGCAGACGUGUUUAUAUAGGCGUUGAUAUUUUGAGUGUUGAAAUAAAAAGGUUGAUUUGUUUUGGUCGCUUAGCUUUUAUUCAAAUCACAGCUGCAUGGUUAUUAAAGGACACAGUCCUUCAUUUGAAGCAGGAAGUGGUGCAAUAUUUUGUGAAAUAUGUUUGAUAUUGCUUCGAAUUGCAAUUCUAAUGUGUGUUUAUUCAUUUUUUUAUGUUUUUUAAUAUAUCAGUUGGGCCUGAAAUCUCCGAACCUCCAAUUGAUACCACGAAAAUAGAAGGACAAACUGUUGUAUUAAGUUGCUUGGUGGCUGGAUACCCUACGCCUGCUGUUGCUUGGACAAAGAAUGACGUCGAAUUGAAUUCAAUAGCAAAUUUACGAUUAAGUGUCUCUUCCAAGAACGGAAAUCACACUUUGAAAAUAACAGAUGUUCAAAAAUCGGAUGCUGGACAAUACAGAUGUGUCGCUAAUAACAGUUUGCAGACCUCUAAGUCAUCUCCUUCGACUCUUACAGUUCAAUGUGAGUUUAAAAGUAUAUUCGAAGCAUUGCAUUACUGAAUGUUUAAUUGUGUCUUCAGCGUUGUUGUCCUCAAAUACCAUAGAUACAGGUUUUUGUAAAGCCAGUCAACCUUUGGUGGUACAUUACUAAGGAUUUUAAAACGGACCAAAAUAAGUUGACAUCUGAGUUUUGGAUGGCGAUUCUGUAAAGAUAUGUGUUGGGCAUUAAAGGAAACAUAUUUUUACAGCAUCGUCAAAUUCACCUUCCAGCUCUAAUAUCCUCCUUUCCUCCUUCUCAGUUCAUCUGUUUAUAAAGGACGUAGCUAAAUUACCGUUAUUCCGUAUUUAACUCUAACUGUAAAAAUUAAAGAAAAAUGAUUUUAUAAAAUUUUAUUAAAUUUCAGUUGCACCAGAGGUGACAAUUGACGGAGAUCAAAUACAUUAUGUAGCCAACAGCACAGAUUUACAGCUCACAUGCAGGUUUCACGCCUUGCCUCCCGCGUCUGAAGUGCAGUGGCUAAAUAAUGGGAAUGUGAUUGCAUCAACCCUCAGCGUUCCCUCAAAUGGGUCAAGAGCGACUAUUUCACAUCAUAAUGAAAGCCAAGCUCAGUUGUUGAUCACCACAGUUUCCUUAGAAGAUGCUGGAAAUUAUAUUUGUAAUGUCACUAAUGUUGUUGGUAGUUCCUCGAAUUGGACAUUGAUUACUGUUCAAGGUAUGCUCCGUUAUGAAUAAACACAAAAAUACAAUUUCCCAAAGCAAUCACUCGGCGUUAGUUAUCUCAUUUAGGAUAAAAAAAUCAGCUACCCAAGAGAUUUUUAGUUUGUUUGUUUGAUCCUCCUCGAUCUUUAUGGUCACGGAGCCUUUUAGUCGUGUAAAAAUCAUAUUCUUUUUAACCCCUCUACUUCAAUUUGACUCAGAAAAUAGCAUAUAUGGAGUCUUUGUGGCAAACACUUUGAAAAACGUCGCACUGAUGUUAAAAUAGUGGCAUCUUUAUUAUUGGUUUAUUCUCCUGCAAAAAGAUAAUAGUGUUUUACAUUCCUACAUUUCAGAUCCCAACUAGUUCUUAGUUAUGUGCUUAGGAACCAGCUCAAGAACACAUAUUUAAACUGUUUGGAUACGGAAAAAAACGAAUGAUAGACAAAUUUCAUAAGUUUAAAAUACUUUCUUGCAUUUCUACAGUGACGCCUGCUAUCGAGACGCACCCACAAGCUGAUCCGGUCAAAGAAGGAGAGAACUUGACUUUCUUUUGCAACGCUACUGGAAGCUCUUUGACAAUAUCAUGGACGAAAAAUAGAUCUUCUAUAAAUCCAAAUGAAGACGUACGGAUCCGUUUGUCAACAGACAAAGAGCAUUUGACAAUAAGGAAUGUGAGCAGGAAAGACAACGGAGCAUACCGGUGUGUGGCGAGCAACAAGGUUGGAAAUGCUACCUCCAACGCUGCCAUAGUGACUGUCCGAUGUGAGUUCAACUAUGGUUUACGACACGACUAAAAAAUAUGGAUCGAUCAAAAUAUAAAUAGCUGUAUACUUAAAAUUCAUCGUUGGUGAAGAAUGUUCAGGAAAGUCGGUUUCAUUUGCUUUCUUAUGUGAUACAGCGCUCUAACCACCAUGUCGCACUACAUUUAGUAAAUUAUGUUUGAUUUCGUAGGAAACAAUUUAUUUUUCAUUAUUUAUAUUGAUAGUUGCCCCUGAAAUCUCCCAAUCUCCAAGGGAUACCACGGAAGUGGAAGGACAAACUGCUGUGUUCAAUUGCGUAGUAGCAGGGUACCCUACACCCGAUGUUGCUUGGAGAAAAAAUGGAGUGGAAUUGAAUGUGGCUGAACAUGCGCGACUUAGAGUCUCUUCCAAUGAUGGAAACCACCGAUUGAUCAUAUCAAAUGUUCAACAAUCGGAUGCAGGACAAUACAAAUGUGUUGCUAAUAACAGUUUGGAUACUGUGACUUCAUCUUCAGCAACCCUAACAGUACAUUGUAAGUCUAACAGUAGUUUUUCUGUGAAACGUGCGAGUGUGGAAAAUUCUUUUAUUUGGUUUGUUGGUUGGUUUUUUUUCUCUAAUUGUUGUCCAUAAGUAAUUCAGGUUAUUAUUUUUACAAACCCUACAAAUCUUUGAGGUUUGCGAAUUUGCUCUGGAUUUGUCUUUAACUAAUCAGUUAAUUAAUUUAAAAAGUUAUUUUGUACUUCGAUGGAUGAAUGUAUAAGUUGGCCACUGGCGCCAAUACAUCAAUAUUAUCCACUGAAAUUUUACUCUGUAAUUGACAUAUUUUCUCUCUUUGCUGCUCCAUUUCUUGUUCUUGUUCCUUCAUAAACCUUUCAGUCCACAUGUAUAGUAUUUUCACAAAUUCGGCAUUAUCCAGAAAACCUCCUAUUAGAAUUUGCAGACUCAUAACUUCUAGUGUAUGAUUUUCAUAUGAUACCAAUUAUGCUCGGAAAGUUAUAUCAUCUAUACACAUAAGAUAAAAAAUAAAUAAAUAAAAGCCCAUGAUGAUGAUACAAUUACAAUCAUUAAAUUACAUUUUAGUUGAUCCAGAAGUUACAAUUGAUGGUGAUAAAGAGAAGAUUGUGGCUAAGGGCGACGAUAUCAAGGUAACAUGUCGGCACAAGGCCCUACCGCCUGUGACUGAUGUGCAAUGGAUAAAAGAUGGAGAGGUGAUUUCAACAAACUCAACGAAAGUGAUCAACAACUCCCGAUUGAAUAUUCUGCACUUCAAUGAGAGCCUAAUACAGUUGUCGAUCAGCCCAGCUAUCGUGGCUGAUAGUGGGAAUUACACUUGCAAUGUCACAAAUAUGGUUAAUAGUUCAUCAGACUCGACAUCUAUCAUUGUGGAAGGUGUGUAAGAGCUGUUGACAAAUUCUCAUUUACCCGUGUUCUCGGGUAGGACAGCCAUAAGCUGAGAUUUCUCCUCACAGACAACGAAGAAAUGAAGACAGUUUUUAAGGUCUAAGUAAAAGAAUGUGACAUCACCGGCUACCGAUAGCAAGAUUUCGCAUGAGGCUCAAGGGCUGUCUAUAAAAUGCAUAUUAAGGAGAUAAGCAGCAGCGGCUGCUCCGUUCGUUUAUCUUUAAAUAUUCACUGCGUACGCAGGUGUGCGCAAGAAUACCGCGUUACUUUAUUGGUAACGGGGACUUCUUGAUAUGUGCUGGGACAUCCCAAUUUUUAAUGAGAUAGAUUAUAAGCUACUCUCAGAGAUGGUUACAACCUUUUGGAAGUCCCAAUAAUCAUUGCCUGUAACCGUUUCCGUUGCCCACAAAACUUUUUAAAAAAUAUUUAAGAUGAAGGAUGUUUUUUUUCUUCUAUUCUGUGUGACAAAUUGUAAUUUGACCCAGCACCGGGGCAUGGGUGAAUAUGCAUAAUGUACACCUUAUAAAAGUAAAAGUAUUUUACUUUAGGUUUAAUCAGAGCAGAAAUGUUGCUAUUUCUUUUAAUUUUUCCAGGGUUGCAUAAUCUUAAAGCACCUCGUGACUUCCUAUGAAGUCUAUGAGAAAUUUCUUCAAUGAUUAAUGUAGCGGAAAUGUAGACUGUUUACAACAUUGAAAACAUAGUGGAGUGCUUCAGACUUAGUUUCUUUUCUGUUUUCCCUAAUACAGUAAAGCCUUCCAUCAUUACUCAGCCAAACAAUGUGACUGCUGAAGAAGGAGUCACCGUCAAGUUGUAUUGCAACGCUACAGGAAGCCCUAUACUGCACAUAUCCUGGACGUUUGAUGGAUCUGUCAUAACAGCAGACGAGAACUCCAGGAUCAGUUUGUCCAACGACUCUCAAGAAUUGACAAUAACAAAUGUGAAAAGAGGAGACAGUGGAGAUUACCGAUGUUUAGUGAAAAAUAGGGUUGGAAAUGACACUUCUGGCCGCUCUGUGAUAAACGUGCUUUGUAAGUACAGAAUAAGUUUGCUUUUCUAAGUCAUGAAAUCGUACUAUAGUCGAGCUAUACCCAAUCUCAAAGACCUAACUUUUUUUAGCGUUAUCGAUAAGGUAUAGACCAACUUCGGGUCAAGAGAAAUGUAGUUGAACGAAAAAAAUUAAAUAAAUAAACAGAAUUGGGUGUAAUAGAAAUUUCCGGGUUGUGUUACAACAUUCUAAAAUGGGGGUCCAAAAAGUCUCUCGUAAUCCUAGAGAUGGAAAGACAAUUACCUGCAUUACCUUUUACAAAUCAGAUACGUUGCCUUUAGAAGCCAGAUAGGGCCUGGUUCUGUUUGAGUGAACGACAAGCUGUUUCUAGUUUACCCAUUAAAUAAGAUAGAUCUCUUAAAUAAGAUAUAUCUCUCUCAGGAAUGUAUGAACGAACUGGCAGAAGAAGAGAGUGGGCUUUUCUAGUAAUUCUUUGGAAUUCUCUUGCUUAAAGGAACGUUUAGCGAUUUAUUUGUCACAAAAAAAAAGGAAUGAAAAAAUUAUUUGAUCGAUUGUAGAACUGCUUAAGGUUAUGCUUCUGGUUUAUUUAUCUAUUCUUUUUAGUAAUAAUUUUUUUUUUUAAUAGAUCGGCCUGAAAUUAUUACGCAUCCUAAGAACUUUACAAUAGAAGAAGGACUCCCCAUGACCUUAUUUUGUAACGCGACCGGAAAUCCACCACCAACACUAUCAUGGACCAAAGAUGGAUCUCCUUUAAAUGACACCCAAGCGAUAACUUUUUCAGGAGACAACGAGACACUGUUUAUUGCGAGUAUUAACAGAUCGGAAAGCGGAAAUUACAGAUGUGUUGCCAGGAACGGCCUUGGAAAUGAUCUCUCAAAUCCUGCAAAAGUCGACGUACAGUGUAAGUGCUCCAGUAAUUCUUUUCUGUUUUACCUAAUUUGGAAGGAGAAAUUCUGUACAGUUAAUAGGAUUUAAAAGGUAUUUGGCACAAAUGAAUGUGAAGGGGGAAGCAGCGAUGGGUUCCGCGGAGUUGAAAGCAACAACCUUAGGAAUCACCAUUCAAAUCUUAAACUGAGUUAAUGUCAAGUAUAAAUCACAACGACCACAAACGUUUACUCAUGAGAACUGAACACUAAGAAAAUUUAUGAUGCCAUUGGUGUCGCAACUUAUGCAAAAAAACAAAAUGUUUAUCUUUGUGUUUCGAAUUUUUCACAAAAAUUUUGCAAACUUUGAAAAUGGAAAUUAGUUGUCCAGGACCGAAAGUUGAAUGUACGCGCCCAGUAUUCGUAAACACAUAUCUGGCUUGUUAUUUCAAUUCCCUGUUGCGUAAUUUUUUUUCUCGUUUGGUCCCGUAUUUGGGUAAUUUCCGGCAAUUUCUUGGUCGGUUGUAGUGCCAUCAAUCUUGUCAGCUUCAUCUGAAUGUCGACAAGGACGGCAUAGAUGUUAGAACUUUUCGUUAAACAUCGCUCAUUAUCACUCAUGACAAAGCAUUCCUAGGUCCUAGCAGAAAUAACAAAUCACGUUUUCUCAUUUAUCGUUAGUUAGAUGAUGAAAUAUACACAAGAUAAGUAUGAAAAAAAGAGUACUAAGAAUUGAAAUAACCCUAUAGUCUUUCACUGGUAAAAAGUCAUGUUUUGAAAAAACUAAAAAAAUGGAAAAAAUGACGAGGACUUUGAGAUAUGCAAAGGAAUAAGCCGGUAGCUUGUGAUAUUCACUGAUUUGAGUUAACAGAGCGUAACACUUAUGUUUUUAAAUUCCAAGUUGCACCUGAAAUCGUGGAAAAUCCGAAGGAUGUCACCAUAGUUGAGGGAGAAGAUGUUGUGUUUAGUUGCACGGUAGAUGGAAAUCCUUCACCAAGAGUCACUUGGACGAAGAACGAGGAAAAACUGAACACAACAACAAAUCUACAACUAACAGCGUCGUCACUGAACAACAAUAACAGUUUGACAAUCAGAGAUGUUCAUCGAUCGGAUUCGGGACAAUACAGAUGUGUGAUUAUUAAUAGUGUUGGCAACAUAACAUCAUCUCCAGGAGAUCUAAAUGUACAAUGUAAGUAACUUACAAAAUCCCUUUAUCGUUAAAAAUAACUACAGUUGGUUUGGAUCAGUUGUUUUUAAAACGUAAUUGUUUUGGUAUUUCAACCUCUUCACAUUAGUGAAAACACAAAGGAGUUGCUAUUUUUUACGUCACGCACGUUCUCGAAUUUUCUUUGUGAUGAUAUUGCUUUUGUAACCUUAGAAAUGAUUAACAGAGCUUAGCCAUUUUUUGGCUGAUUCUUUCUUCUUCCUCCUUUAAUAAGAAAAAAAUCCCCGACUAUUGCGACUUACGGAAGUCGAAAGCGGUCUUUUUUAAAAGAGGAAAGACAAUUUUUGACUUGUAUGGUAAUAUAGAGCAGACAAGUUUAUUAUUAGUUAUUUUAAGGUCGUGACCUAAUCAACCGCAGCAAAAUUUUCAGUGGAUCUUCUUAGGGGGGUAGGGUACGAUCAAAUAUUCUAAACAGCGGCUUCGAUCGUACUGUGCUUCCUAACUAUGGACGAAUUUCAAGCCGGAACUUUUACGUUCAGAGAACGUCUCUAUCAUUGGUUCUUCGUCAUUCUGCUGUUAGUAUCUUAUUCAUCAGGCCAAGGAGGUAAAAGUGAUUUUUCUUCUUUUGAAGACAGAAGUGUUUGUAAGAUUUGGAAGCGGAAAUCAUUUACGUUGACUUAACCUAUUCUGUGUACGAGGUGUUUGCUCCGGCCGCGCAUUGAAUUUUCGCGUUAAAUACUAACGUAAUGAUGGGAAUUAAUUCUCUUAUGUGUGAGAGAAGAAGCUUUUUAAGUUAAAUUUGUUGAAAUGCAAAGUUUUGGUCGAUUUUCUUCGGCAUAAUAUUUCGAUAUUGCAAUUUAAUUCGAAUGUUUCGUUUUUCUUGUGUAAUUAUGGCUUCGACAUAAAUCCGCCUCAACAAAGUUUAAUCGAAUUCAUUGCUUUACUCACCAAACGUAAACUUCGUUUGCAUAACGGAGAUACCAAAAAAUUCGCAAACUUUAGUACAUACAAGCUAUUUUACACACAGGUGCCAGUUAAACACCAAUUAUGACUCGAAAGUAUUUCGAAUAUUUUUAAACUAUUUGCACUUCCUCUUGAUUUGGGUUACGCAUAUGUUACGUGGAUAAUUUUCCUCGAUGGGACGUGACUGGUGACUUUAUUUUGAAAAUAUAAGUUGCCAUCGAGCGUUGGUGUUCUGAAACAACUAUAUUUAGCGGCUGGUUUGUUUAUAAACGACCUUGGAACACGCAACGCAAAUUGGAACUGUUUCUCGUUCAUAGUUCCACUGUCAAGUUGAGGAAGUUAUUAUCUGUAGUUGUUCUGUCUUUCCUCUCAAAGCGCUAGAUUUAAUAGCAGCACUGUAUACCCUUUAACUGAUAGACUGGGGAACGAUCACCCAGUUGUCUGACAGCCUGAGUGUCUGUCACCGUCAUUUACUUGGCAAUAUUUAUCAUCAUGCAGUUGGUCGGUAAUGGCUUUCAAAACAUGGCCAGAAGUCGGUAAAAAUCAGAAAUUGUUAGUUUUUUCACCUCUCCACAACAAUUCUUUAGCCUCUUGAUGCCAAAAUGGUAGUUUUGUUCGAACAGUACAUGCUCAAUUCUCUUUGGAAUGGAUCACUUUUAAAGAUUGUAAACUUGGCAACUGUUCAUACACUGAGUUAGAGUCAGUUAAUUAUCAAUCCUCAACGUCUGUGAUGUUGUGAGAAAUCACUUUGUAAUAAGUUCAAACAAGAUCAGCAUCAAGUUUUUAUUUUUGUGUUCUAAAAUUAUCUUUUCAAUGUAGUAGUGCUUGUUGAGAGAAAAUUAAGUACAUGAUUUUCAUAACUCUCUUUUGCCAAUUAAUUUGUUAUUAACAUUUAUGUGCCUGUGCCUGUGCUCAUAUCAGCUAUACACUGGUAGGUGAGGAUAUUUCCAUUGAGAUCAAAAAUGGUGGUCCUUGUGCAAGCUUUUUGAUUCUUAAUCACAACAGCUAAUCAACAGUCCAACAGAGUUGUGAAAUACUUGUCUUGAUCUGAAAUAGAUUUUAACUUUUGUCAGUUUGAGAUUUUUCUGUCUCGAUACUAUAACAAUCUCUGGAGAACACUGCAAAAGGCUUUGUUAACCCUUUAACCCCUAAGAGUGACCAGCAUCUAAUUUCUCCUUACAAUAUCACCCUUGAAUCAAACAUUAAGGUCAUGAGAAUAGACAGGAAAUGAUCAUCAACAGAAGCAGCUCUUGAUUAUCAAACAAAUUCUCUUUGUCAGCACCUUGGGAAACGUACAGUGAAUAGUGUGGAGAAUAUGUAUACUGAUGUUAGGAGGUAAAGGGUUAAAGCCUAAUACUAUGAGGGGAACAAAUGGAGGUGCAGGAGGGGAGGGGGGAGAAAGGGGAGGGCCUGGAUCCUGUUGCAUGUACAAAUUUUAGAAUUUUUCAAGUGUUAUCUAUACUUUAAACAGUGUUUAGUGCAAUACAUUACUUCAAAUUAAAUUGCUAUGGAAUUCAUGCAAUAGGUAUUACUUUUGGGUAUGCUAACAUGUCAGAUAUAAACCCUUUACCACCCUCUACUCUCUUGCUGCUUGUGAUGAAACAAAAUUUAAUGCAUUUGUAAUUUGGGGUUAUUGCAUUUGUACAAAUAAGACUGGUCAGUCUAUAAAACAAAUACAGAUGUUCAUUGGUUGUGGUCCAACCUAUCAUGCAUUACAUAACUGCAAGGUCACUUCAUUCCUUCAAAGAAAGAGCUGAAGGCCAUAUAUCGCAAAAAAAUUAGGAGAGGUUAUUACAAUAAGUGAAGACUGGAGAGGAAAAAAUUUCCAUGGAGGUAGGCUCAAACCACAAAGGCUGACCUUUACAAGAGAUCACCAUAUGAAGGAAUCCUAGAUGAAACUAAGCCAUUUCUCUGGAUGAAGCUGAAAUAAAUUUAAAUCAGUAUUUAGUUAUAAGUAUUUUCAUGGCCUUAUUGAAUGCUACACUUACUAUAUAUAUCAAAAUUUCCUUAUUAUACUCAGACAUCUUCUCUUUUUUCCAGUUCCUCCUGAAUUUAUCAGCAGCCCACAGAAUGUGACAGUAAUAGAAGAGCAAAAUGUUAACUUAACUCUGAACUGCACAGUUAAUGGAAAUCCUACACCAGAUGUGAAAUGGACUAAAGAUGGAAUUGAUAUAUCAGAAAAUCAAAGGAUUAUUGUUUCUGACUUUAAGGGAAACACUUCAAGUUUGACAAUUACCAAUAUUGUGCGAGGAGAUGAAGGCCAAUAUAGAUGUGUGGCAAAUAACAGUGUAAAUACCACCACUUCAGCUCCAGGAAAACUGACAGUCAACUGUGAGUAUUAUUUUUCAGACUGA